AUGGAGUUUGCCGAUGAGUCUGGAGUGAUUCUUUUCUUCGAUUCUGGGGCGGCUUGUGAGGCGGAAUGUGCGGUGUGGAUCUCUCGUUGUGUUUCCUCAAUCCAUCCACCUGGUUACGUCUGCCAACUGAAUAUCGUCGUUUUUCUGGCCGUCAUUUUCCUGGCUGUUUUUACGGGCGUUCUCAUCCCGAUCUCUUGCCUCUUCUGCUUUAUUUUCGGAAUCCCGAAGAAAAUGCGACGAAUUUUGUGGCGAGACCGAAACGAUUCGGAUGAGGAAUCGGCUAAACUUCAUCCGAAUCGAAGUGGAUUUCUAUCCCUUCCUCCAGUGAUCUCCGACAGUGACACACCAACUCCAAUUGUUAUUGUUCCGAGGAUACGAAAGAGUGAACAUUCAAUACCACUGCAUACACCAAAAAGAUAUCAGAAACGAAUUCACUGGAAAUCGGCUGGAUCCAUCUCU